UGACUGACGACCUUGAAACCGGAUUUUACGGAGGCUCUUAAAGGCAGCAUGGUCGAAUGCUUUAACGCCACAUUCCAGGUGGAGAAAGGGAAAGCAGGUAGGAGUGGAUGUAAUAAAAGAGAGGAAGGAAGGCUGGCAGCGUGUUUCUACCUGAGCUACGAAGGUGGAUGUUAUUCAACGAGUUGAGAUGUCACAAAUGAUGGACACUGAAAACACGGAAGAGGACAGAGUGUCCCUGAAGAGCAACGGGAAGACGCCGACCAACGGAGGUGCCAAGGAGUCGCUGGGCAUGUUAAAGACGCUGAGAAAAAGCAUCCGGCGGGCGGCGGAGAAAAGCCCGCUGACGUCCGGAGGAAAGGGGUUAAAGGUCACGACUGGCAAUGAAUCAGGGUCAUUAACGCCUCAGUCACCCAGUCGGAGCUCUCCGGUGACAUCUCCUCUAGGAAACAUCGGAGGCCUUUUCAACAAAAAAGACGAAGAAGGCAGCGACACUACUCCACAGAAAGGCAAAGAGCUGGCACAUUCAAAGACAGAUCCCAACAUGAGCAGGUUUGACUCUAUCCUAACAAGAGGAGAGUCCAUACGUCGAAGCUUGAAUUUGGUCACCAAGAAAGAUAAAGCCUGCCGACAGCAACCGCUCGUCUCCGUCGCUGAAGGACCAGCGGAGGAGAAGACGGAGGAAAAAGCAAAGGAGGAGGAGUACACACUGCCAGAAAUACCACACACACCACUGUCAGUGAUGCAGAUCAAUAAUCUGAUAGAGUUGGUGGAGCUGCAGGACGCACACCUGAACCUGCUCGCCCUGCGGCAGGAGUUCCAGCAGGAGCGGGAACGGAGCGGUGACGACUCCCCCGUGGAGCUCGCAAAGAAGGAAAAAGACCUGAACCUCCUCUACGGAGAGCUAAGGAACAAGAUCAAAACCAUCGUGCGCGACUCCAACUCUCUUCCCUCUGGAAACAAGGAGCUGCUGGAACCCGUGGUGCGAAUCAUCCAGGAGGAGGAGAAGAGAGCGGAGCAACCUGGAGGACUUCAGGACAGCUGGAGGGAGGCGUGGAGGGAGGCGGUGGGUGAGGGCGUGAAGGUGAAGAUUGGGAGCAUCGAACUGGAGCAAAAAGAGAAUAACCUCUCCUGGUUGGCGGUUCACCUGGGGCUGCUGGGUAAAACCAUCCUGGAGGAUUUGGAGAGUGUGAAGAAGGAUCUGCGGUGGUCCUACCCGCCCAGCUUUAAGGUGUUCAGUACAUACGUGAGGAGCUACCACAGCUGCGUCGGGCAGCACCUGAAGAAGCUGGAGCCGCAGGUGACGGAGGUGAAGGACCUGUACGCUCUGCUCAACUGGAUCAUCAACGGAUACAAGAGUGAGAAGAUCAUGGGAGGUGUCUCCCUGCAGCCAGAGAUGGAGGAGGAGAGCUCUGAUCUGCAGCUGGAGGAAGACUUUCUCAAGAAGCUGAAAGACAAAUACUGCUGUAAAUUAAAGGAGGACAUAAGAUGCACCCUGGACAGAGUCAUUGAACAAGAAAAUAAGACAAUAUGGAGGGACAGAAAGACUCCAGAGAAGGACGAGGGCUUCCUCCACUCUCAGUUUCCCAUGGACAUCUGGACGAAUUUGAAGGGACUUAUUGUAUGCUCUGCUGCGAUCGAUGCUCAGCUGAAACAGAAAGUGAUCUCUUCCUGCCUGCAAGAGCUGAAAGACUUUCCCAAGAGAUUUGAGGCGGGGUUCAGGCUUCACUGCAGCGCUCUGCAGCCUCUCUGGACAGAGUAUCAGAUUACAUACAUCAACAGCUUCACAGCUUUACAGCAGCACAUGGAGGGAUACCGGGACACGUGUCCUGCAGAGGUGGAGGACUUAAAGAAAGAGAUUAAUGGGCUGAUCUUCAGGCUCAUGCAGGGGCUGGAGGUCCAGUUCAAAGAGGACGUAGAGCUGUAUCUGAGGAGAAUGAUAACAAGGAAGUGGCUCACCGACGAUGAAGACUUUAAAAAGCUUUCCAGACGCACGGAACUGCUCUCUAAGCACUGCGCUCUCAUGCGGCCUCCACACAACCAGGACUUUGCCAGCAGGCUGCACUACCACGUGGUACGAGAGUACAUCGGCCAGCUGAUGAAGAAAAACUUCUCGUGCAAGAACCAGAAACACGAGAGAGCAGCGAGCAAGAUCCGCAAGCAGUGGGAAGAACUGAGGGACCUGUUUGAGGACAUGGAGUCGGCUCACGAGUGGCUCUAUGAUGUCGGAGACGAGCUGAGCAUCAUCAUCGAACAGGAAAACAAGAGAGACAUAAAGAACCAUCUGGAGACUUUAGUGAAGCAUUACCCUGACUUCUGCAAGAAGCACCUGGUUGCUGUUCUGUACUUCAGAGGUCUGAUUCGAGGCCGUGAACAUCAGCUGAUCCUGCAGAAAUUCACGGAGCUCAAGAAGACACAAGGCAGAGCAGACGAAGACAAGAGCCACGUUUUAUUUCGUGACAUGCAGAUCCCCGCCAACACAGACUGCUUCUCCCAUCUGCCGUUCUCCUGCCUCAGCUCCCUGCUGCCCGACAACUAGUGCAGCAAGGACGGAGGACUUUUGACAGAAACGUUUUUGACAUAUCGCAAACACGGCCGACUAAAGUAACAAACAGCAACUGUUGUACAGAAUCAGGGUCACAUUUAUUAUCAAACUAGACUUGUUACCUUCAAAAUGUUAUUCAUGAACCUAAAACAUCUGUUUGGUUUCAGGAUAUAACUCGGAUAUUCGUCCUUUUUUAUUAUUGUUAACGAAUUCCACAUUAAAACCCAAACAAGCAAAAGCCGUCAUGUAAGAACCAUUCAUACACAUUGACUUUUAUUUUUUUAAAUUGGCACAUAUAAACAUUUAACGUGGCUUACAAAUUAAAACGUCUCACACGUUGUACGAUCCACAUUCUCCCUUCACCCAUAAAGCCCAAAAAAAUAAAUUUCCACUGACAUCAUCACUCUUUUAUUUGAAUUCAUUUGAAGUUCAAUUGUUAUACUCACAUAUUCAAAAACAUAUAUGGAUCUAAGAUAAAUUCAAUGCAAAUGCAUUCUUAUGUUCACCAUUAUCUUCAUCAUGGCUUGCCAAUAGACUACAUAGAUUGUUUUGGUAUUUUUUUAGAUUUAGUGACAUAAAAUAUAUAUAAACUCACCAACCUUAUCCUUUGACUUAAAGGUCCCCUAUUAUACUGUUUUUCAUCAAUAUAUUAUAGGUCUCAGAUAUAUACAAAACAUGUCUCUGAAGUGUUUGGUUCCAAAUACCAAACAGAUCAUUG